AUGGGCGCAGUCAAGGUCCCUGUCCCAGGGCCAGCACGCCUCAAGCGAUCGGCAGGACCCGACGAAUGGCUCGAAGCAGCAAAAAACUGCAAGUACCUCUCCGAAUACCACAUGAAGCAGCUCUGCGAGAUCGUCAAGGAGUACAUGAUGGAAGAAUCCAAUAUCCAGCCCGUGUCUACCCCAGUCACAAUCUGUGGCGAUAUCCAUGGUCAAUUCUACGAUUUACUCGAACUCUUCCGAGUCGCAGGAGGCAUGCCCAAUGAAUCGGCCCCCGAAACACCCGUCACCCCGGCAAACAUCAUCACUUCCGCAGACAUUGAACCACCUUCCACCAUCACAGACCCGAAGUUGAAGAAGAAACUGAAACUCGGAGGCUCAGAACAUCCUGAAACACCAAGCGAGAAAGACAGUGAGAUCAGCGAUGCCGAAGAAAUACCCUCAUCACAGCACUCAGAGAUCGAAGACGAGAGAUCAGAGUCAGGAAACGUCAUCUCACGCAAACAAAACGCAAAUUUCAUCUUCCUUGGAGACUACGUCGAUCGUGGAUACUUCUCCCUUGAAACCCUUACACUUCUACUAUGCCUCAAAGCGAAAUACCCCGACAAAAUCACCCUGGUUCGAGGAAAUCAUGAAUCUCGCCAAAUCACACAAGUGUACGGCUUCUAUGAAGAAUGUGUGCAGAAAUACGGAAACACGUCCGUAUGGAAGGCUUGCUGUCAAGUCUUCGACUUCAUGACACUGGGAGCCAUAGUAGAUGGCAAAGUCCUCUGCGUCCACGGCGGUCUUUCCCCAGAGAUCAGAACCCUUGAUCAAGUCCGAGUCGUCGCACGAGCACAAGAAAUUCCUCACGAAGGCGCGUUCUGCGAUCUCGUAUGGUCAGACCCCGAAGACGUCGAAACCUGGGCAGUAUCGCCUCGAGGAGCAGGUUGGCUGUUUGGAGACCGAGUCAGUCAGGAAUUCUGCCACGUCAACGGACUCAACCUCAUUGCAAGAGCACAUCAACUAGUCAACGAAGGCUAUAAAUAUCACUUCAAGAGUCAGGACGUGGUGACAGUAUGGAGCGCCCCGAAUUACUGCUACAGAUGCGGAAAUCUGGCAUCGGUAUGCGACAUUGGCGAAGACAUGAAGCCAACAUUCAAGCUUUUCAGCGCUGUCAAGGAUGAGCUACGACAUGUCCCACCAUCAAGAGGUGGACGGAAUGAAUAUUUCCUUUAG